UGGGUGCUCUGCCCUGCAUGGCCCGCGUGGCGCUGCCCACCUCUACUCGCGCCGGGUGAGCAGGCGGCUCCGCUCUUUUGCAGGAAGGCCUUCCACAACUUCAAUUACUUCCUCUUCUUCUACAACGUGCUCCUGGGCCUGGGGGCCUGCCUGUCCCGGCUGCUCUGCAGCGCCCUGCUGGGGACGUGGCUGAUCGCCCGCAUCGACAGGACCAUACUGCAGAGAGGCUACGAAGGGGCUGACACAGGAUUCAACACGUGGGUCGGGAUGCUCUUUAUGGACCACUACCACACCAACCCCACCCUCCUCUGCUUCUGCCACGUUCUUCUGGUGGGGAGCCCUGAGCGGAGCCUGCCGAAAGCCACCAGAUACGCUUCCUUCGGCAGCAUCUCCAAUGCCAGAAUCUCCCCUCAAGCCCGGACCCGGUGGCUGCUGCUCUCCUCCCUUCUCAACAACCCCCAGCUCGUGGCGCUCAGGAAGCCGAGCGCGCGCUCCAGGGUCGGUGCGGCGCCCCAGGGUCCCUGCGUCUAGCCAGCUCGGCCGGG